AUGGGUCUCACUGUGCAACUUAAUGGCUUCGUGGUGGUGGCAGAGCCUUCGCUGCCCCUCUCCUUCCUCUGCCUCCUGGCCCUGGCCUCCGCCUGCUACAUCCAGAACUGCCCCCGUGGCGGCAAACGGGCCCUGGCCGACACAGCCAUGAGACAGUGCAUGUCCUGCGGCCCCGGCAACAGGGGCAACUGCUUUGGGCAAAGUAUCUGCUGCGGCGCCGAGCUGGGCUGCUUUGUGGGCACAGCGGAGAUGCGGCGCUGCGCCGAGGAGACCUAC